AUGAGUGCAAGUAAGAAGGACGAGUCUAAGACGAAGAUUACCGUGGACGAAAGUGUCGAUUCUGGUUUUUUGUCAGGACCGCUCGAUCAUUGGGCUGGUGAUGAGGAUCCAGAACAAAGCAAGGAUGAAAAAGUGUUGUGUGGUGAAAGUGGUGUGAUAGUUUGCGAUACUUUAGUGGAAUGUUUGGCGGAUGUGAAGCUCGGUGACGCUGAGCUUGUACGUCCACAGACUGAACAAAUUAGGUGCACAGUAACUUCGCCCGAGGAGAAGGUUAUUCCAGCAUCACAUUUGGCUAUAUUUUUUGAGCCGGAUGACGAUGGAGACACACAACUACACAUUGCAUCCAUACACGGCUGCGAGAAGUCAGUUGGCACACUGAUCAAAAUAUGCCCAAAUAAAGAGCUGUUGGACAUAACAAAUGAACACGGUCACACACCGUUGCAUUUGGCUGUGAUGAGUGGAAACGCAGUUGUAACUAGAAUGUUAGUUCGGGCGGGACUCUCGCUCGGAGUACGAGAUAGAACGGGAGAGACGCCAUUACACAAAGCCACCGCAGCAGGACACGUAGAGUGCUUGCAGGCCCUACUAGCGCCAGUCCCGGAUCAGCAGCCACGAAAGCUUGAUUUUGCCCUUAAUCAGAGAAAUUACAGAGGUCAAGCAUGUGUGCACGUAGCAGCAUCAUCAGGACAUCUCGAAGUGCUGCAAACAUUGGUCUAUUACAAAGCUGAUAUUAAUGCUAGGGAACAUUUGGCGGGCUGGACAGCUCUCCACAUAGCCAGCCGCCGCGGUGACGUGCGGAUGGUGCAGUUCCUCCGCGAACGUUGCGCAGGAGUGGUGGUGGACGCCAAAGACUUUGCCGGACGAACGGCCCGACGUAUUGCCAAACGUACGCCCGCCGCAAGACUGUUUGCCAAUGAUGAUGGCAGUGAUGAAGAAUCGGACUCUGAUGAUGAUAUGUACGACAGCGAUAGCGACGGUGAGAGCCUCUUCGAAAGGUUACGCGAGAGUCUCGGCCCAUCCACGUCCAUCAACGUCGCCUAG